CCUUCCCCCAUCCUGCAGCCUCUUUCUCACCUGGAAGAGAAAUCUCAGAAGGUUUACAAAAAUGUGUGAUGCCUUUGUGGGAACCUGGAAACUCAUCUCCAGUGAAAACUUCGAUGAUUAUAUGAAAGAAGUGGGGGUGGGCUUUGCCACCAGGAAAGUGGCUGGUAUGGCCAAGCCCAACAUGAUCAUCAGUGUCAAUGGAGAUAUCAUCACCAUCCGGUCAGAGAGUACUUUUAAAAACACAGAGAUUUCCUUCAGCCUGGGCAAGGAAUUUGAAGAAACCACUGCAGAUGACAGGAAAGUAAAGAGCAUCAUAACCCUGGAUGGCGGGGCCCUCGUACAGGUGCAGAAGUGGGACGGAAAGUCAACCACCAUAAAGAGAAAGCGAGAUGGUGACAAGCUGGUGGUGGAAUGUGUCAUGAAAGGCGUGACUGCUACAAGAGUUUACGAAAGGGCAUGAGCCAGGAGACGUGGCCCUGGACUGAAAUGCGCACCAAACUCCUCAACAGUCAGUUGGAUGUACCGCUUUUCUUUUUUUUUUUUUUUAAAUAUGAUCUUCCACUAAUUAGCAAGCAACUAAUUUUUUUUUCUAAAGCUAGAUUUUAUUGAAUGUGGUUGUGUUGGUUAAAUAAAACCUUUUUAGACUUAGAAAGUGGCAUAAUGAUAUUUUUA